AUGGAUAAUAUUAUUAAUUUACAAAGAAAAGGGCUUUAUUAUGAAGGCUAUGUCGAUGGUGAGAGAAACCUUAAGAAGUUUGAAGAAGAUCUACGAAUUGAGACAAAUCAGAAGUUUUCAACAUGUAGUCGCCAUACAAGAGAUGGACCAUCUCUGGCCAAGAAACCCAGAUAUAAAGGAGAAGGGAAACUACAUUGGUCAAGUGAAAUAGGAGGUAUUCAUAUCCCAUUUAGUGGGACACCAUUUCGUCUGCACUCUGUUUACUACAAAGAAUGUAUGUUUGGUACAGACCAUAGAAAACCAAAGGAAAAACCACCAGAGCCAGAGGUGACAGAUCCAAGUGGAAAUAAGAAAACUCCAAAGAAAAGAGUAAGGCUCCAACCUUCAUUAAAGAGGGGAUGUCAAGCUUAUCUGAGAAUUCGAGAGAUCAAGAUGUUUCCAGAAUAUAAGUUACCAGCAGAUAUAGAAGGUAUGAAAGGAUGGCAGGUCAAAAAGUUAAAGAAAGAAUGUUUGGAACGCCUGCGUGCUGAUAUGGAAAAGGGCUUACCCCUUUCAAUGAGUAGAUACUACAUCACUUGUCCAGUUGCAGAAGCUCACAACCAUCCAUUAGAUUCUAUGGCUAAUGCAUUUGCUCAGCCAGUACAUCCAAGUAUCAUAGCUAAGAUUCAAGAACUGGUUCCUCAAGGAAUUGACACUGUUAGAGAUGUAAAGGUUCAUCUGAGAGAGUAUGUUAGAAAUACAGUUUGUAAGCAUGGUCCACAGCCUAGUGAAUCUAAUCAAGGCUACUUCCCUACCAAUAAGAAUAUUAGAAAUCACAUUAAUAUUGCUUUGAGCCAACAGAAACAGAAGUUUGAAAGAGAUCAAGAGUCACUGCAAGGUCAGAUUGAUCAGUGGAAGGAGGUUGAUCCAGAAGCCAGUUUUUACUACAGACCAAACAUAGAGAGGGGUGGUGGUGAAGGACAAAGACAAAGUUUGAUAUUUGUUGAGCAAAUGGCGUGGCAGAAGAGACUAAUCCAAAGAUAUGGUGAAGUGUGUCUAUUAUUUGCCAAUUAUAAAACCAUGAAACCAGCAUAUCCCAUAUUCUUUCUGGUAGUGAAGACCAAUGUCUCUUAUUCUACAGUUGCAACAUUUAUUGUUAAAGAUGAAACAAUGAGUCAUGUCCAGGAAGCCCUGAACAUUAUCAAAUCAUGGAACCCAAAUUUUAAUCCUACCUACUUAAUGUGUGACAUCAGUGAUGCUCAGAUUAAUGCUUUGGAAGCUGUUUUUCCUACUUCGUUAGUGUAUCUUUGUGAUUCUCUGCGACAGAAGGCAUGGGAGGUCUGGUUCAAAAAGCCAGAGAAUGGAGUUCCGUCUUCAGACCAAAAAGCUUUGCUAACAAUGCUUGAAAACAUUGCUAAUUCAACUACUGAUGAAAUAUUUCAAAAUACCAUGUAUAAAUUGAAAUCAAAUGAAAUCUGGCAACGUCACACAAAGGUUCAACAGUAUAUUACUUCAACAUGGCUGCCACACCAAGUGAGAUGGGUAAAAUGUUACCGACAUGGUCAUUUCAACACAAUUGUAAGUGUCAAUCAUGGCCGCCCAAUAGUAACCUCUAUUAAAAACUUCAAAGAGAACUAUUUGUCUGACCAUCUGGACAAAACAUUUUCUGGUGUAGUAGGAAUUGUCCAGAACUUCUUUCUGCCUGAUACCUACCAGGAAUAUAUUCGUGAGAAUGUCAAAUUAACUGCUGAAUUUAAACCUUAUGAUAAAAAGAUUCCAGAAUUUUUACAUGAAAGACCACAUGAGUACAUUCAACAUGUCUUGAAAGGCCUGGAAGCUGCUAAAGGUGACUUUACAGUGUACAAAACAGAUGCUGCUGGUGGCUUCCAUGUUCGUUCAGUCACACAGAAUGAAGGGGAGUUGUGGCAUUAUGUCAAUUUUGCAAUGCCAUCAUGUCAGUGUGUCGAUUGGUUUUUAAGAAGAUGGGUGUGUAAACAUUUUUGUGCUAUAUUUAUGUAUUUCCCAAAUGAAUACAACCACAAUCAUUUACCAGAGACAUAUUUAUUAAAUCCAUAUAUAAUCAUUGAUAAACAAGCCAUAGAACCACAGAAAAUUGUCUAUGAUCAGUUUUCUAUUCCUCCUUUACCUCCUCAACCAGAUGUUCCUGUAGUUGAAGAAAAAGAAGAUGCAACAAAUUUUCAGGAUAAUGCUGAUGGAGUAGAGGUAGAAGUUUCUGAAGCUUUACCUACCCUAGAGUCAGUUGCGGCUCAAAAACAAAAUCCUGAAACUAGUACAACUGUAGAGGAACCAAAUCUGAGAAGUAGGCGCACAAGGAAAACCAGACAUGUAGUAAAACCUGUAGAUAGUGGAGAUGAUGAAGAAGCAGAAGCUACUGUUCCGGCGACUUUAGAGGAACCUUUGUCUCCAAGAAGUGAUCUGAAGAAAGUCAGAAGUGAAUGUGUGACAGCUAUAAGCGAAGCCAACACAGCUGCUUAUUUAUGUCAUGAUCUAGCAGCACUUAAGAAAUCCACAGAACUGGCCAAAGAAAUCUUUAGACUUCUACAAAGUGGUGAAAAAUUUGACAGUGAAUUUUUGUUUAUUUCUCGGAAAAGGUUGAAGUGGAAGUUCAAGAAAACUCCAUACAAAUCCUACAAAAAGGCAAAAACUGAUGAUGGCAAGGCUAAGCUACCUAAAAAACCUAGAAAAAAGAAACCUAAAGCUGAUGUUCCUGCUGCUGUAGGUUCAGCUGUUAGCACACAACCUGCACAGAUUCAUUUUAAUGAACUUCAAAAUAUGACGGUCAUGGAUGAAAAUGGUGAAAACUUAACGUUAAUAAAUGACACCACAUUACAUGUACCAUCUACAUCAAUUCCUGAUGUUUCCUCGGUACAAGUAGUACAAACAUCUUUGCCUCAAUCAACAUUACCAAUGGAGCACAAUACAGCACAUAUACCACUAGCUUCCAUGUCACACAUGCAGCAUGGAGCAGUUGUAUCCAUUCCAGGAGGCUCCCUCAAUCAUGUCCCUGUGUCUAUGCCACCUGGACAUGUCCAUCAUGGUUCUAUCACAAUACCAACUGGUCACAUACCUACUGUAUCCAUGCAACAAGUGCCAAUCACGAUGCAUCAUGUUCCCGCACAAAUGCAUCAGGUGCCUGUUCAAAUGCACCAUGUACCAUCAUCAAUGCAUGAAAUACAUCAAACUGGAGCUAUGCAUAUACCAAUGUCUCACUGCACUGAUGAGACUUCUUUAGCUGCUAGAGCAUUGUCUGAAAUUAUAAAUUCCUAG